UCUUCCGACGUUCAAUCGAUAAAAUUCCGGUUAGAGAUUAUAUGACGUAGUAUUGUAAACAUUUGUAGGUUUGUUAUCGUUUCUGGCCAAUUCGGUCGAUGUUAUAUAAUAAAUAAAAUAAAAUACGAAUAUUUAAUAAAAUCAUAAAUAAUGGAUCGUAUAGAAGAUGUAAGCAUUGUCGAGUGCGAAGAUUCUUUCUAUAUUAAACCAGCGAGAAUGAUUUAUACUCAGAAUGGAAUAAAGAAAAACUGGGAUUUGAUGAGGACUCAUGAUAGUGUGGCUGUUGUUAUAUUCAAUAUUGAUAAGAAAAGUUUAGUCUUUGUCAAGCAGUUCCGACCAGCUGUUUAUUACAGAGGAAUACCUCUUGAUGAAUGUAAAGAUCUCAUUGAUACAAAAAAAUAUCCUGGAACACUUGGCGUGACAUUAGAGUUAUGUGCUGGUAUUGUAGAUAAAGACCAGUCUUUAGAAGAAAUUGUAAAAGAAGAAAUGUGGGAAGAGUGUGGUUUUGAUGUGCCAUUAUCAAACAUAGAAAAAAUUACAUCAUUUAGAUCUGGAGUAGGGAUUACUGGUUCACUGCAAACAUUGUUUUAUGCUGAAGUGACAAAUGCUAUGAAAACUCACCAGGGAGGUGGAAACAGUCAGGAGGGAGAGUAUAUCGAAGUAAUUGAAUUGCCUUUAUCAGAGGCACAUCAGUUGAUUUAUGAUGAAAUGGUUCCAAGACCAGUAUCAUUGCUAUUUGCACUUAUGUGGUUUUUUGAUAAAAAAAUUAAUUUUAAGCAUCUUCCAAAACUAUAAUAAUUAAUAUAUUAGUAUUUUUUUUAUGUAAUAUAUUUGUAAAUAUUAAUGUAAAAUUAAAAAUUAUAUAAAUAUAAUUAAAUCAAAUGUUUACUAAUUACUAAGUCCUGUAUUUCACAAUAAAUUUUUUAUUUAAA